AUGUGGUGCUUGUCACUGUUGAACGAAUGCAGUGCAGCGGGUGGCUUCCGGUUGCACCUCCAUUUCGAUCGCUACAGCCCCCUGCCCCUGUUACUGCCCCUGCUGCUGCCGCGGCUUCCUCGGUCUCGAUCAGAUCGCUUGCUUCAACUAUGCUGCUUCUCGCACCGCAUCUGCUCACAGGCCAUCAACUACGAGCACCCCUUUGGUAUCAAGAUCUGGAAGCCCGCUCUCUACAAGAAACAUCGAAGCAUCGAUCACGUCAGCUACUCUGCUCUGCAUUCGCUCCCCGGCGCUUCCUACGAGCUCGAGCUGUUCCUGUCCCCCUUCAACUGGCUCUGGACGAUUCUCUUUGGCUGGUGGAUCGCGCUGGUGUAUCUGGCCCUGGCCCUGGCUGUCUUCUUCCCGGUGGGCCUCCUUGGCAAGCUCGUCCUUCUGCUCUCCUUCGGGUCCAGCUGGAAGUCUGUCCUUGCAAACCUCUCUGGCUAUAUCCUGUGGCCCUUUGGCAAGUACAUCGCCAAGAAGCGGCUCAAGCCGGUCCGCGCACCCACGGGCGAGUCCACUGGCCUGCUCUCCGACUUUGAUCAGCUCGACUCUACUCCCGAGAUCUUUGUUGUCCCAUCCUCGGCGCCGCUCUCAAAUCGCUCCUCGCAGCAGCAGCAGCAGCAGCAGCAGCAGCACCUCGCUGCCUCCUCCCCAGAGGCCGAAUCCCACGAAGAUGCCGCAAACCACCGCCGCACCAGCGUCUCGCGCCGUCCCACUGGCCUGUGGGCCAACCUCAAGCGAUGGCUAACCUUCCUCUUUGACUCGGGUCUCACCGGCAUUGUGUUCCACUUCAUCACGCUGCUGGUGCUCGCCCCGAUCCACCUGGUGGUCUCACUCACUGGCUUCCUCUUGGUCUUCCCCAUUCCCAUGGCCCGGCUCAACUACUCGCUACUCAAGCAUCUGCUGCGACACCCACUUUCCUCCAUCACCCUCGGCGGUCGGCAUGCCGGUGACGAUGACACCCUCAUCCUGUGCACCCGACAUGCGGUCGGACUCAAGUACUACAAGUACACCUUUGACGGCGUCAACAUCAUCAUUGUCGAUCUGCUCGGCUUUGUGCUGUUCUCGCUUCUGCAGUACUAUUUCACCGGCCCGCGCUUCGGAUACACUGGGUUUGCCAGCCACACGACCAUCCUGUUCAGCGCUCUCAUCUCGACCGUGCCCCUGGCCUACUAUGUCGGCAUGGGCGUCUCCUCGAUCACAGCGCAAACCGGUCUCGCCCUGGGUGCCGUCAUCAACGCCACCUUUGGCAGUGUCAUCGAAAUCAUCCUCUACGUCAUGGCGCUGAUCCAGGGCAAAGGCCGACUUGUCGAGGGCUCGGUCAUCGGCUCGAUUCUGUGCGCUCUGCUGAUGCUGCCGGGCUUCUCCAUGAUCGCGGCCGGCAUCAAACGAAAGGAGCAGCGCUUCAACGCCAAAUCGGCCGGCGUCACUUCGACCAUGCUCAUCAUGAUGCUCGUUGCUGCUUUUGCGCCGACUUUCUUCCAGGAGCUCUAUGGCACAUUCGAGCUCAAGUGUGGCGUCUGUCCGCCCUCCUCGGAUCACACCUCGCCGCUCAAGUGUCGCGAAUGCCGAUACUUCCAGCCACAUCCGACCCUGGAGCCGAUCUACGCCACGGCAACCCGUCCUUUGACGUAUAUUUGUGCCAGCGUGCUGUUUCUGACGUACGUCAUCGGCCUGUGGUUUACCCUCCGAACACACUCCUCGCGCAUCUAUCCCAAGAAAAAAUUAUCGGAGGUGGUCCAGGAAAUCGCCGAUGUUGCUUCUUCUGUUGGCUCGGGCCUGGACUCGGACGACGAGUCAGACGACGAGAUGGCCGGCGGACACGGCUCCUCCAACUGGGGCCCCUUCAAGAGCGUCAUGCUGCUGCUGACCGCGACGGUGCUCUUCUCGAUGAUUGCCGAGGUGCUGGUGUCGUGUGUGUCGGUGGUGCUGGAGAACAACAAGUCCAUCGACGAGAAGUUCCUGGGCAUCACCCUCUUUGCCAUCGUUCCGAGCAUGACCGAGAUAUACAAUGGCAUUGCCUUCGCCCAGCAGGGCAACUUGGCGCUUUCCUUCGAGGUUGGCUCGGCGUAUGCCAUCCAAAUCGCCCUGGUUCAGCUUCCUGCCCUGAUUGUCUUCAGCACAUGGUGGAGAAACUUUGAGACGUUUACGCUCAUCUUCCCGCGCUGGGAUGUCAUCUCUGUUGUCCUGAGUGUCUUUAUGCUGACGUACAUCUACAUCGAGGGCAAGAGCAACUACUUCAAGGGGACCAUGCUUAGCUUGGCUUAUGUGGUCAUGAUCGCUGCCUUCUGGUACGUUCCGACCAAUGACGUUGCUAGCUGA